AUGAGUAGUUAAAAAAGAGUCCUUAUCAAUACCUCUCCCAUCUCGGUCUGGAUUUCGUCUGAGUUCUUUAACAAAUUCAUCAAUCAAUUCAAUCUCCGUAUUUUCUCCACUCCUAAAUAAUUUAAUUAAGCUGUUUAGGGUUCUCCGAUCGAAAUCAAAUUCCAGAAGAAUGGAGGUCUCGGAACCUGAAGGGUUGGCCUCUCAACUCCCAGACGCUUCCGCCGUUAACGAGUUCAUGCACAACGAGGAAUUAACUAAGGGUGUGGAGUAUCAUGCCAGUGCUUCGACAUCUGUGCCACUUGCCUCUGAUAACAAUAAUGGUUCUACUUCGAAUUUCACUAGCCAUGAUGAUGGGAAUGACUGGGAUGAUGAUAUGUGCGAGGAUGAUGUGGACUACUACAACAAUGACGACGAGGAGGAUGAGUAUAUGUUUGAUGACGACGAUGAUUUUCAUUAUCUGAGCAUGCAAGCACAGUUUGACAAUGUUGAGCUUCCUGCUGGGGUAGAGGCAGCAUUUCCUUGGAUGGAGGAACCUACACCUACUCCUGCCACCACCACUGCUAUCACUUCUUCUAGUCAACCUGCAGGUGGAGGGACCUUUAUGAAUGUCACAUCGCUACCAGUUGGCAUACAAACUGAGUGUUCUGCUUCAAGCAGUUCUACUGGACAAAGUUCCUGUGGAAAGUGUGAUGAGGAUAAUGGAGAUGGUGUUCAAGCCAUAGGAAAAUAUCUAAAAUUUAAACGUUUUGACAUUGUUGGUGAUUUUUCAGACCACCACUACAGCAAUCUGGGAUUCCAAGGGCAGCAGCCACCUAAGGCCUGGUCAAAGAAAGUUCAGGAUGAGUGGAAGAUGUUGGAGCAUGAUUUACCUGAUACCAUAUAUGUAAGAGUCUGUGAAACAAGGAUGGAUCUUCUCAGAGCAGUCAUUGUGGGACCACAAGGAACUCCCUAUCAUGAUGGCCUUUUUGUCUUUGAUGCCCUAUUCCCUCGCACGUACCCUGAUACACCUCCCAUGGUCUACUAUUAUUCGGGUGGAUUGAGACUGAAUCCCAAUCUGUACGAGUGUGGGAAAGUCUGCCUUAGCCUUCUGAACACUUGGACUGGCAAAGGUACUGAGAAGUGGGUGCCUGCACAAUCAACCAUGCUUCAAGUUUUAGUAUCUAUACAAGCUUUAAUUCUAAAUGCAAAGCCAUUCUUUAACGAGCCUGGAUAUGAAACGAGUUAUGUUGGUCGGGAGGGAGAGAGAAGAUCCAAUACUUACAGUGAAAAUGUGUUUGUCCUCUCCUUGAAAACAAUGAUAUAUACACUUCGAAGGCCUCCAAGGCACUUUGAGGACUUAGUUGCGGGCUACUUCCAAACCCAUGCUCAUGACAUCCUGUCAGCAUGCAAAGCCUACAUGGAUGGUGCGAUGAUCGGUUCAGUAACUAAGGGCGAAAUCAAUGGUGACAAAGUCGGUGCACCGGAACGUGCUGGCAGCUCGGAGGAUUUCAAGAAAGCAAUAUCAAGGAUGAUGAAUGGUCUUGUCAAUAAUUUCAUCAAGAAUGGUGCCAAGGACUGUGAGAAGUUCAGAAUUACCAGCUGAUUUAGAGCUUUCUUUGGGUCCUUACGAGGGAGGAAUAAUUUCUUUAUUAGGCCUUCAAUAAAAAUAAUCCUCGCAUAAGUAAUUUCUUACCAUUUGUAAAGCCAUACUUUUAUUGGGGGGUUUGUAGUUUAGGUAAUACGUAUAGGAUAUUAUUUAUUACUCGUAUAUGUGAACCAUAUGAUUACUGUUUCACAUGCCUUAUUCACGGAGUGGUUUUUUUAAACUUUCUGUGUAAUGCGGUUGGUUAAGGAAUAAUCCCUUUUAAAAGUUCCUCUGAUAGAAACAAAUGAAGUAGUGGGACUAUG